AUGUCCGAACAUUGGCGGCGCAUUUCUCGGUCACCACACGCCGGUCAAGAAAACUUGACGGAAGCCGCGGACGUCGCCGUGUCGGCGGAGGCGCGGUCCUGCGGCCCGCGUCUAAGCAGCGCCACGAGCACGAUAGCGGCGACUAAUGAGGCCAACACGAAGAUGGCAGACGAGAGCGAUCUUCGCUGCGCUGCAAGAGUGAAAAGGUCAAUGUCAAAAGAGUCAAAAGUCCUCUACGUGCACGUGGGCGCGCACCGUGGCGGUGACGUGGGCUGCGGUCACGUGGGCGUGUGCAUGUGGGUGCGCCGCACUGUGGGUGGCGUUAUUAGCAUGGCCGACAUGAGUAGAUACCGCGAAAAAGUUACGCAACCGCUUUCCACCAAGCUUACGCUGAGUGACUCCGUGAUGGAUCUGAUCUCUCCACCACCACCGCACAGCGGCGCUGUCGUCAGCAUGAUAUUGAACGUACUUGAAGGUUACGGCAUGACGUCAGCAGACAUAAUAUCGGUAAACACGUCGACUCUGCUGCACCAUCGCGUAGUGGAGGCGUUCAAGUUUGCCUACGCCAAGCGCACGCACCUUGGCGACCCUGCCUUUGCUGACGUGGAGCGGCACGUCCACGACAUGACGUCGGCAGCCUACGUCGACGACGUGCGCUCGCAGAUACGGGACGACGGAGUUCUACCCCGAGCCGACUACCACGCUGCCGGCGUGACGUCAGACAACCACGGCACCUCCCACAUCUCCGUGUUAGCGCCUAACGGGGACGCCGUAGCCGUGACGAGCACUAUUAACUACUACUGGGGUGCACAAGUCAGAUCCGAAUCGCUCGACAUUGUCUACAACAACGAGAUGGGAGACUUCGCAACGCCGGACAACAGUGGCGCCACCACGCCGGCCCCCUCCGCCAAUUACAUAGAGGCGGGAAAGCGCCCCCUAUCGUCAAUGUCACCUUGUAUUUUAGUGGGGAAGGAUGGAGAUGUGGAGAUGGUUAUUGGUGGCGCCGGGGGAAAGCGUAUACCAACAGCUGUUGCCUACGUACUGCUGGAGGAAUCUCUGGCUUGCGCGAUGACGUAGUGCAGGCAGUGGACGCCAGGUCUGCUCUCACCAUCAGUACGAACCAAGAUGUUGUGGUC